UGAAUGUCAGCCAGUAGAGAUGUCAGUUAUUAAACCACGUUGUAAAUAUUAUUGCCAGCUUUUGUUUUAUCAUCAGACGACUUAAUAAAUUUAUGAAGUUGUUUGUGUGUCAAAAAAAGAGUGUCGUUUCGCCAGUAGGAAGAUGGUAGUUGCGUUGUGCUGAAAUCCAUGUAUUUAAGAGUAUGUGAAUUGUAAUUUUUGCGUGCUAGGAAGCAGUAGUUAUUAUACAGCAAUAAGCAACGGCAGUGUUUGUUGACGGGGAGUGAAGUACAUCUGACGACAACCAACAGCUGAAAUAGUUUGCCAUGUUCUGUAGCCACCAAACACGUCUGGGAGGAAGCUUUUGUGCAUCUUCUAUGUAAAUUGUCAUUGUGGUAUAUUUGUUCGGGUUUUUUAUCCUUCUGCAUCGCCAGCAGAGUUCAUAAAUGCCGAAACCCUACUUCAGAUUACAGUCCCUGCGUGUUAAGAAUAAGAAUCACAAAAUAACCUUUAAAUUUUAUAGGACUUAAGUGAUAUCGACAAGGAUUAAUAAUGAAGAUUAAAAAGUUUUUUCUGAAUAUAGUAUUAAAGAUGUGGCACAAUUUUCUCGCUGUUUGGAAUUGGUUCCGCGAUACGAAGGAAAGUUCAGUCCAAAUUCUGCAUUUAAGUGAAAAUUUUAUUAUUGCAAAUAAAUCUUAUGACGUUGUUAUGAACAGUGAUGAUCCAUCUGUUAAGGUUUCUUUACAACUGCAACUACGAAAGUUACAUCCAGAAUUAAUAAACCAGAAGCUUGCACAUGACUUUCACUUCGUACAUCGUUUGGACUUUGCAACAAGUGGUGCUGUUUGUAUUGCUUUACACAAACGUGCAGCAAAAGCAGCUGCAACAGCUUUUGAAACAAGAAAAACGAAAAAGUAUUACGUGGCCAUUGUUCGAGGACAUGUUGCUAAAGAGCUUAUGGACAUUACAGAUCCAAUUGGUGAAGACAAAAGGGAACGACAUGGUAACCAUCGCAUGUGUCUGGCUUCUGAUCCUAACAGCUGCUACGCAAAAUUUGCACAUACGCGAUUGCUAGUUCUUCAGCGUGGGCUUUAUGGAACAUAUCCAGCCACAAAAGUAUUGUUAAGGCCAGUCACUGGAAGAAGGCAUCAGCUGCGCGUUCAUUGCAUGAGCAUAGGUCACACCAUUGUUGGAGAUUACACAUAUAGUAAUAAAAACGAUAGUUUACCAACUCGAAUGUAUUUACAUUCUUAUAGGCUGGUUAUACCAAAUGACAUUGAAUCUAUAGAUAUUCAGACUGCAGAUCCAUUCGAAAAUGAAAAUAAUCCACACACAUGGAUGGUGGUAGAAGCUUUAAAUGACUUAGAUGAAAAUGUAUUCAAGAAAUUGGACACCCAAGACUGAAGGUCUAAUUUCUUGAUGGGAUCUAUGGACAACGUGAAUGAAUGAAAAAGAUAAAUUUACUUUGGAUAGAGGUAAUUGAAGUGACACAUUGGGUCAGACAGUGGGUUUAAUUCCCUGUAAAAGUUAAUGAAGUGUUGUCCAUUAACGUAUGUCUCCCUGCUGCAAGGAAUUGUUCCGGGAAGAAUUUCAGAAAUUGAAGAGGACAGUUUCAGAAAUUGAAGAGGACAGUUUCAGAAUUUGAAGAAGGAAAUUAUGUAUUUUAUUUUUUUGUGUACUAAAAACCAUCAUAAGUAUUUGUGUGGCUGUUCUUAUAAAUGUGUAAAAAAUAAUGUAAACUUGUUUAUUUCUCCUAAAAAUGGUCUGAUUGUAAUACAUGUCAUGUCUCCUAUGCGUUAAAUCAAAUUAUUGAAUAUUAUAUGUAACAAGGUGAAUAAAUCACAUUAAAGAGUUUACCCAAGCAUUUGACUGAAAUAAAAUUUGUUGUUAAAUCUGUAUGGCUGGCAAAAGAUUUGAACUUAGGUUCUUGCAAUUGCAGGUUGAUUAUCUUAAGAAUUUCCCUCUGUUCAGAGUGAUGAGAACAGGCUGGCCAUAGGGGCUCUGAUGCCCCUAUUCCCAGUCUGUGUAUGGAAGAGGGCAAGCAAACACAAUACAGAAAGAGCAUGCAAAACACACAUGCUGUGCUUUCACUUUCAUACAAUACAAAUCACACAAGGCCAUAGGCUUUUAUGGCUGUUAAUGAUGAUAAAAGUUCUUGGUUAUUGUUCAUUCUUGCAAAAUCUUCUGAUCACACAUUCUGACUUGCAUGCUGAGGCCUCCUUCCAGAAACUAUCUGUACACUUAUGUUCAGUGUCAAACUUUCACUACUUUAAAGACAGUGUUUCCUAUCUUUUUUGCUGUAGAUUUUAAAAAUUAACUAUUGAAUGAUGAUAUUGAGAUCAAUGGAAGUGUUCACUGGUGUACUAGUCACUAGCGUGUAAGGUGAGAAUUAUUGAAUUGAAUUUUAUUUCAUCCUGGAGGAUUACAUGGUGUACAGUGAACGUACAUGUAAUACAGGACAUGUCAAAAAUACAAAAACGUACUUCCUAACUAUUCUAACAUCAUUAAUUGUAAUUAACGAUAUUUACAAAUUUUAUGUGAACAGUACUCAUCAACACUUCAAAAUUUCUUAUACAUCAGAUAGUCUUUUAGAUUCUUUGAAAACUUAUGUCAUGUAUGUCGUCACAUAGUUUUUUAGGCAGACUUCUUAGUAAUUUGAUACCUGAAUACUGAGAUCCUUUCUCAAGGAUUGUCAGUCGGUGUGGUAUGCUUCAUACGUAAUUCAUCCUCUGUGUGUUGUGGGUGUGUACACUAGCAUUUGUUGUUCACUCUGCACAAUCUUUUGUGACAUAUAGUGUAGUUUUAUAUAUGUCCAAGGAGGAAAAAGUUGAGAUGCCUAGUCUUGUUUCUGCAUGUUUCAGAAUUAUUUCUUCUUAAUAGGAUUCUGGCUUUCUUUCUUCCUUUUUUCUUUUCUUUUCUUUUCUUUUCUUUUCUUUUUUCUUUUUGAGUUUCCCCUCACUACCACUCCAUACUGCAGGUAUGGUUCAAAGAAUUAUGGUAUACUGUGCACCGAAGCUGUUUGUCUGCAUACUGUGGUAGCUGCCUUGUCAUAAACAUGAUGGAGCUAAGUUUCUUACAUAUAGAAUUAAUAUGCUGUUUCCAUUUCAGGUUGUUAUGCACAGUAAUAUGUAAGAAUCUGUUGGAUUCUGCUUCCUCUAGUCUCGUUUCAUCCACCUGUAAUCCCAUGUGCACAGCCUUCGCUUUAUUUCUGAACACUGCAUACAUAGCCUUUCUUAGGUUUAUUACAAGUUAUUUUACAGGAGCCCUUGAGCUGUGAUGUUUGCAGAUAUGUAUGUUCUUCUCUCAAGCUGGCCACACUUUGGUUAUUGUUCAGUCAUGCCAUCUGCAUACAAUAUUUUCUUCCUUUUCUCCUCAACACUUGUGUCAUUAACAAAAAGAUUAAACAGAAAUGGCCCCAUUACUGAUCCCUGUGGCAGUCCCUAUUUGAUAGUUUUGGUUUCUGACUAAUGUGCAUCCCCUGUUGAUACAUAUUGCCUCCUGUUGCAUAGGUAUGGUUCUAUCCACUUCCCUGCUUGCCCUCAAAUACUGUAGUUUUCCAGUUUUCUUAUCAGUAUUUUAAGGUCAGUAGUGUCGAAUGCUUUGGAGAUAUCCAGAAACAUUGCAGGUACAACUUGGUUUUCAUCUAAGGACUGUAUAAUGUAAUCUGUCAGACAGGUAGUUGCUGAUUCCAAAGAUCUACUUUUUAUGAAACGGUGCUGUGAUGGUAUGAGAAUUUUGUGUUUGUCCAGAUAAUCAACUAAUCUGUUAUACAUAAGCAUUUCAAGGAUUUUCCAGAACCCUGAUAUCAGUGCAACUGGCCUGUAAUUAUUGGGGUCACCCUUAUCCCCUUUCUUGUACACUGGUACCACCCUGCCUGGAAAAAAUUCAUCUCUGAGAGACCUGUUUGCUAUUUCCAGCAAUGGUGAGAUUAUUUGCUCACUUGCUUGCUUCAUUACAUGAUUCAAUAUUUCGUCAUCACCAUUUGAUUUCUUGGACUCCAGUUUCUGUACAGUUUUCCUCAGUUCAUGUUCUGUGACUGGUUUCAGGAACAUGGUUCUGCUUGAUUUUAGUGGUAAUUUAGUAACUUUCUUUUGUGGUCUAUUUCUUUCCCAUUUUAAGUUCUCUUCCACAUUUACAUAGUUAUUAUUAAGUAUGUUAGCUAUUUCUGUACCAUCUGUAACCACUGUGUUUAUUUCCAUUGAUCUGAUAUAUUUCAUUGUUUGAUACAGCUUUUUUCUGUCUUUCACCUUCAAUUGUGUUCCAAGCUGCCUUUGUUUUGUUUCUUGAGUCCAUUAUGGUAUCAUUAAUUGUUCUUGAUGUUGCCUCUCGUAUUAUUUUUCUAGACUACUUCUGUAGCAUUUUACAACUUUCAGCUUCACCCCUUCGUCUCAGAUCGUGCAUUUUCCUUCAUAGUUCUGUCAUUUCACUUGUAAUCCACUUUGUCUGAUUCUGCAUCUUUUCUUGUCUCUUUACUUUGUGGAAUGCUACAUUAAAAUGGUGUUUAAUUGUUGUAAUAAAUGAAUCAUAUUUUUCAUGUGCGUUCUGUAGGGCUUCAUUCGAGGUUUCCCUGCUUAAUAUUGUUCUAAAGAUGUUAAUAUUUUAUUCACUGAUGUUCCUGAUUCCAUUGGUUGCUUGUUUUGGUUCAGAUAUUAUGUCCUUACUUUUGCAAAAGAUCAGCUGUCCAUGAUCAGAUAUUUCUGUUUGGACUACAUGUGACUCGUAGGUAGACCUACUAAUAUUAGUAAUGACCAUAUCAAUAACUGUCUGACGUUGAGAAGUCACUCUUGGUGCAGAUAUUGUUGCCUCCAUAUUGUAUUGUAUUCACAAUUCUUCAAUACCUUGUCUUGGUUUUGAUUCUUUUCCCACGUCAAAACUGAAGUUUCCAUGUAUAACAAUGUUUAUCUUCAUGUUCAUUCGUAGUAAGUUGGCAUAUUUUUUCAGAAAUACGAUGAUCUUGUCAUUUGGUGCUCUGUACAUACAAAAUAAUGUAAAGUCAUCAGUCACUACACAAGUAAUUUCAACGUCUUUUUCUCAAGCUAUAGAUAAUCUCACACUUUUACUGUUUGCAGUCUUUAGGUUCUUUCCUGUUAUAAUAUAUAUGGAAACCCCACCACCUUUAUCUUUAGAUCUACAGACGUUACUGGAUAAGAUAUAGUCCUGUAUUGUCAAGUUAGCUAUCUGGGUUUGUUAGACCAUAUUCACUGUUACACAGCAUGUUUGGUUGUAUUUCACUUACUUCUGCUUCUAGUUUCUUGUUUCCAACGUAUUGAAUAUUCUGAUGUAAUAGUGUUAUAUAACUUAUCUUUUGUUGACAUACAUGUUGUGGGCUGCAUUCUGAGAGCAUAUGCUGUAGUCCCUCCUUUUUUGUAUUUGUGCUUAUGUUUUGCUUCUUCAGCUGCAGCAAUUGAGUUUCACCCCCAUCAGGAUAUAUUAGUUUCCCUUCCUUCUGGUUAUUUUUCAGACAUCAGUAAACAUUCUGCUGAGUGUUACAGAGUCUAACUGUUUAAAUGCAUGCCAUCCUUUCCGAGGCCAUUUUCACUUGGAAAUUUGUUUGGGUCUGUGAAAGCGACCAAGACGACCACACUGUUCUUUGACGGCAUAAUUUAUUUUGGAGAUAUAUUUGUCACUCGCUGACCUUCUUUUUAUUAUUCCCCCAGGUAUCAGCCGGAAUCCCACAGAUACGUCUUACCAAAUGAACCAUAUUUCUUGUUUCGUUAAUAAUUUCUUCGUCACUGCUGCUGCUUAACGAAUUUGUUCCAGUGUGCAUAAAGACACUACUGUAAUUAGUCUUGGUUCCCCCGUGGAUUUUUAUUCAUCUACUUUCAAUUUACCACAUUUUUAAAAUAUUUGCUAUGUUGUUGCAUUCUAAUUCCUGGUCUGACGUUGAUUUUGCAGUUGGGGACAGCAGCAUAUUUAAGCAGCUAGUCACCAGUUAUUAGAAACACGUGUUCAUACCUUUGCAUAAACACGUGUUCAUACCUUUGCAUAAACAUGGUGUUCUCUUUUCUUUUAUUGUAUGUCACUGUAUUCCAUUUAUAUUUAUCUACCGACUUUUGGCUUGCUGAGUUUAUCGUGACUUUUUAAUGUUCAUAGGUGCACAUGUAUUUUUGCCAUCUUGCUUUUCCAUUUGUUGUAUUUCACUUACGCGGGAUUGCUUUUCAUGUAUUAAUCUAUUGUUUUCUUUCUUUAUAGCGAAUAAUUCUGUUUUUAGUGUUUCAGCUUUAUAAUUUCAUUUUUUGAGUCCACUGCACGUAAAAGAUCAGCCGUUUCGUCACAUAAACACCUGUGGCAUGUCCACGGAAAGACAUCACUGAUAACCAGUGUCUUCUUUGUGCUUCUGUUUACAUAUGGUGGUAAUGUCCUCUUAGCAAUGAGUGUAGGUAGCCACGCGCUGGUGAUUUGGAGUUGUCUUCAUGGUGAAAAUUGUUUGGACAUGUAAUAAUUUUGAAUACUUCUCUGAUUUUAUAUUUAUGUUUGUAUGGUGCUUUUGCAAAACUGUGAACAUUAACAAAAUCUGUACCCUGUCUGCGUGUUUCAUUAUGUCCAGAUUUGUCUGAGUUACUGAUUGCUGGAGCCACACAUGCCGCUUACGCUCCUUUCUUUAAUGGCAUGACCCACUUCUGCUAUGUACAAAUGUACAGUGAGAUGCAAAAAGAUUUUCUGGCCUGAAUAACUUAAAGAGUCCAAGACCAGAGCAUUGUACACGCCCAAGUUCAGAAGUGUUGGUGUUCACAACGGCAGCAGUCUGUGGAGCUCCAGCUUGGUGUUUAAAUCAUCAAAUAGAAGAAAUAUAGUACUUAGGCUAUAGUACAUGUUGAAAUUCACUGCAGUUUAAUUCAUCAUAUCAUUUCUUUUGAAAAUCAUUAUUCGAGCAUGUAGAAACAGUUGAAAUAUAGGAGCUUCAUGUUGUUAGAAUUACUAUGAUGACAAGCAUGUGACAUCUUGUUUCAGUUGC